AACUCUGUUUUCGUAUUGAGAAACUAGCUGUUUGAAAUACAACGUUAUUAAAAAUGGCAAAAAAAACAAUAAAAGUUGGGUAUUAUGCAAUUUAUUUAAUGGCUACCAUCGUAAAUACGCAAGAUUAUGAAGAUUUGAUGCCAACCGAUCAACCCGAAGAAGAGUGGCAUAUGGAUUUUAUGCCAACAGGCUACCUUCCUGAUAGCGUCUACCGAGAGCUAGCGUGGUACGGCAUACUCCAGAUUCAGCCUCUUCAUCAUAGUACAAAACAUAAAGUUGCUGCUCAAUUGAUUUGGCAACAUACACUUGGCAGACCACACGUUAUUAUGGAAAAUCCUCCUCAAUCAUUGCAAUCUGAAGGUAAAGUAAGUCGUCAAAUCCUAGCUGAAGAGGCAGCGAAGUGGUCUCGGGAACAAAGGGCUGCACAGGAAGUGCUUAUGGAGAAUAUCAAGAGUGGUGGUAAUGGACUCACAGUUCGUACUGUUAUUAGUGCUUCUAAAAAAACCACGUAUAUCAUACAGAAUGGUAAUUACUACAAAUGCCCUGAAGGAUCUGAACCUGAUUUGGAUGCUUAUAGAGUUCAGGCCAAUAUGCAUGAAAGAAAAUGUACUUAUUCUAAACAAUCAAUUCCCGUAUCAGUCGAUCCAUGCAUAGAAGCCGAGGUGGCGCCCAUAGAGUAUUCCUUUCACGAAGGUUGGAUGUUUUGUCUUGGCAAUGGGGAAAGGGAAAAUAAUUAUUUCCAAAACGGCACAAUAGAUUGUGGAAAUAAAACAAAAGUGUCAGUCGACGAAUUUUUAAGUAUAUGUGCGAUUGAUAAUAAUGUUGUUAUUACUUUCGAUUAUUUCGGAGACGAGCCACGUAAAGAUAUGAUGCACAAUGCCACCCUGUGUACAACUUGGGAUCCAUGCCGUUUAUCAUACUUAUAUAGGCUUGAGCCACCACCAGUUGAGCUGACGCCUGCUUUCCCAACAUCUACACCGAACCCUUGCGAUACAACCAUUUGUCCCGAGUGUGUUGAAGGAUUUACAGAGGACAGUGGAGUUCCGAUUGAUAUUGCAUCCGGCGAAGUUUAACGGAAAAGAAACUUACUUUUUUGUUCUAUAUACAAAUGUCCCUAUUCCAAUUUGAACCAUUUCAUUUAGCAGUGACAAAUUUUUAACGUACUUAAUAAUAAGAAAUAAAAAACUUGACUCGCAAA